UUUUCUCUCUCGGAUUCUAGGGCUCCGAGCUCAGACAUAUUGCAACAUGUCUUCUUCUUACACUCAAAAACCAAACGCCAAUCUCGGGAUCCUCCUCUCCCCUCUUCAUCAACUCCGUUCUCAGUACCAGACCCAGCUUCCUCCCUGUCUCCUGGUGAAGAGCAUUUUUGAUUCCAUCCCGAGAGAAAUCUUUGACCAGGAUUUGGAAGAAAAUAGCAAAAAUGUUCUGAAAAGACUAUGCUGUUUCCAUCGCCAAGAGGAUCUAUGGAGUAAAAAUCCUUUGAAAGCUUUGCCUGCUCUGUUAAAUUCUUCUAAUAUGCUGGCCUGUAGGGAGGGUCUCGUUCCAGCCUGUGUGCAUCCGCUAACUCAGGUUCCUGAUUCUCCUGUAGAGGGAUUAAGAAAAUUGAUGGUAGGGAUAUUCAGCACUCAGUUCAAGUGGAUACUCAGGCUAGGCAUCAAACGAUACCCAGGGCUUGGAAGGACAGUGUUGUGGACUGCAACAAAAACACAACACUGCAAGGCUCGACUCCUUUCAGCCGUGGGUAUGAAAGGUUCUUCUGUGAUGAAUAAGCUGUAUUCAGUUGAAGAAUCUUCAGAGAAAGUUGCUGACCUUGGUGCAGCUGUCAUGGUCAGUGUUGCCGGUUAUUACGGACUCAAACUAGAGGUGUCUAAACUCAUUGAAAGGGCGGAAAAAGGGGUGAAUGAGACUGAGCAGCCACCACCACCACAACCACAACCCGAGAUCUUGAUGCUUCUGAAAGCCUUGGAGGAGGUGGCUUUAUCUAGAGCCUUGAGAGAAUAUCUGAAGAAGAAGAAGAAGGCCGUCAAGACUGAAGAAUCGGGGAUAACACCGCCGCCUCCUCCUCCAAGACUUCUGCCCACUUGGCUCAACCGUGUAGGGGCUGGUGGUAAGUCCAGCUUGCAGCGAGAGGAGGAGAGGAUGUUGAAGUAUCAGCGUUCUCUCUUUCCAAGGAGGUGAUGAGAGGAAGGAGAAUAAGAGAUAGUUUCUUUUGGUUGAUUUUAGUGUUUUGUAACACGCGGAUGUUGAAGUAUUUUAGGGUUUUAUAAC